AUGUCAUGCGAUCUUGAGUCUUCAUUUGAAGCAUCUAGAAAUUCCUAUUAUGACGAAGAGGAACAGGGAGACUACUAUGAUCCAAUACAAAUCGAUUGCAAUCCUUCUAACCACCUAAAUUGUUUCGACAGCUGCGACCACCUAGAGCGUUACAAGUCCUUUCAGAAAUUCAUCGAGCCCCUCCACGAGGCGCGAUAUGAAUUAGCAGAUGAAUACAGAGAUUUGACACGAGAGUACGCAAGGGUAAAUCGAAUCUACGCAAGAUCACUCAACGAAUUCAUCGGCUCUUCCAUCAAAUUCUCGCCACCGGAACGCCGAGAUUCCAUUCGCAGCGAUUGUCGGCCCCUUGAUCCAUCUAAUUUAUGCGUCUGCUGCGACUGCUUCCUAGAACUCGUUGCACAUUACCUUGAAUCAGUUAUUGAAAUGGAGUUUAUGCAGACAUAUAUCAAUAUCUUCAAAAUCGAGCAUCGGGAAUUGGUUGAGAAGACCCUCUCUCUCAGAUGGGAAAUCGACAACAACCAAGUUAAUGCUGAGGAAUUGGCGGAUAUGCUGGAUGCGGAAGAUCGUAAAGACCUAGGCCACCCUUAUAAUCCGAGUUCAGGUCAUAUUCUCCACAUCUUGGAGAAAGCAAUGAGUUCUGUGAACCGAGGAAAUGUUACUGCGUUGAGUGUGUGCGGCAAUGACUUGAUCAGCCCGGCUGCCCUUGAAACUAUUCUCGCUGUGUUGCCAAAUCUCAAAGAUGUCUACCUCCUGAACAUUUCUGAAAUACCACUUUUGAGAAAGCUGAAAAUUCUCCAAGGGAAAAAGGAUCUCUAUGCACUGCCAUUCGCAUAUCGCGAAAAAUUCUACAACGAUCAAAACUCUCGUAGAUACAAUAAUAAGCCCAUUCCAGCGCUCGGUCCGAAGCUCGGUUCCGAGAAUAAAGAAGCAAGUCGAACUAAUGAUAUUAGUGAAGAAUCUCAAAGCUUCAUGAAUGAUAUGAGCAAAUUUUACCAUCUUCUCGAAGACGGAAUGCCGCCAUUUUGCGAUUUGGAUUGUAUUACGCCUGUGACCGAGCAGAUGAUAUACAUUACCUGUGGUGAGACUGACGAAAAUAGCAUACGUGAUAGUGAAGGUGGCCUUGACAUACUUAAUCGAUUUCAGAAAAAAUCAUCGUCGCAUUCAGGGAUUGAUGGUCCUGGGUAUCAUGCUAUGCCGUUGAAAGAAACGAACCGACACCCUUUCCAACUUGUCCAGAGCUUAGCCCGCUUCAUUGGAUUUUCUUUCAGCGAGAGACACAUGUGGUUCUCAGACUUGAGAAAGACUCUGGUGAAGAUUCUCGCCAUGGAACCAAUCGACGAUAUCGGCCCAGGAUAUUAG